AAAAAGUGCGACUGCGCACUGGCCAAAUUAGUAGUGUGAAAGAAAAUGGCGAUCAGCGAAAGGCGUCCGGAGUUAACGUGAUGAAAAACAUUGUAAAAGCUCAAUUACAUAGUGUUAUAGUUAUUAAUUGUGUCAGAUGUAGAUUAAUUAAGUGUUAAUGAAUAGUGAUUGUGUAUAAAAAUGGCUGCGAAUAUGUACAGAGUCGGCGACUGCGUCUAUUUCGAGACGUCGUCGACGUCUCCGUACCAAAUCCGACGGAUAGAGGAACUGAACAAGACCGCGUCGGGUAACGUGGAAGCGAAAGUCAUGUGCUUCUACAGACGGCGAGACCUACCCAAUCCCCUCAUACAGUUAGCAGAUAAGCAUCAAAUGGCCCAGUCAGAAGACUCACCAGUGGCUAUGAAACUCAAGAAAAUAUGCCUUAAAACGCCCGUUGGCGAGGAACAGGCGGCACAAGCAGUCCUUGACCCUGCGCUAGCGGCAAUGGAGGAGGAAUCUAGCGAGUUGCCAGGCACAGAUGGGCUCGCGCCGAAGCAGCGGCACCAAGCAAAGCACCGCGAGCUUUUUCUCUCGCGGCACGUGGAGACGCUGCCGGCCACGCACAUCCGCGGCAAGUGCUCUGUCACACUCCUCAACGAGACCGAGUCGCUGCUCAGCUAUCUCAAUAAGGAUGACGCAUUUUUUUAUUGUUUAGUAUUUGAUCCUUCACAAAAGACUUUAUUAGCAGAUAAGGGAGAAAUCAGAGUUGGAAGUAGAUAUCAGACUGAAGUAACUAAUUUAUUAAAAGAAGGCGAGGAGGACACCCGCACCAGCGAAGAGCUGGAGACGUUGGUGUGGACACCGGAGCACGGGCUGACGGACCGACAGAUCGACCAGUUCCUGGUCGUAUCGCGUUCUGUGGGCACAUUUGCGCGUGCGCUUGAUUGCUCCUCCAGUGUUAAGCAGCCCAGUCUGCACAUGUCCGCCGCCGCCGCCUCACGCGACAUCACACUGUUCCACGCUAUGGACACACUGCACAAAUCGGGGUACAGCAUAGAAACGGCACUAUCGUCGCUAGUGCCUGCCUCAGGGCCCGUGCUGUGUCGCGACGAGAUGGAAGAGUGGUCCGCCUCAGAGGCCAACCUCUUCGAAGAGGCCCUCGACAAGUAUGGCAAGGACUUCGCUGAUAUCCGACAGGACUUUUUGCCAUGGAAGACGCUAAAGAACCUGGUGGAGUACUACUACAUGUGGAAAACGACAGACCGCUACGUGCAGCAGAAGCGCGUCAAGGCCGUCGAGGCCGAGUCCAAGCUGAAGCAGGUGUACAUUCCCAACUACAACAAACCGAACCCGGCGCUAAUGACGAACGCGAGCGGCGGCAAGGGCAGCGCCGUGCUCAACGGUGGCACCAAUGGCGCCGCGGUCGCCAGCGCGCAGCUCUGCGCCUCCUGUCAAGCGACAAACUCAACCCAGUGGUACGCUUGGGGCCCCCAGCAUUUACAAUACAGAUUGUGCGGCUCCUGUUGGACCUACUGGAAGAAAUACGGCGGUCUCAAGGACGUUGGUGCGCAGACGGCGGGUGUGUUCGGCGAGAGCGAGGCGGAGGCGGCGACGGGCAAAGCGCGCGAGGGCGACGACGCCGCGCUCUCCGUAUCGCACCGCCCGCACCGCUGCACCGUGCUCAACUGCGCCAAGGAGUUCAAGCUGCGCGCGCACCUGGCGCGGCACGUGGCGACGGCGCACGGCAGCGGCGAGGGCGCGCGGCCCGUGAUGAAGACGCGCGCCGCCUUCUUCCUGCGCGCGUCGCCCUUCACGCGGCUGGCGCGCCGCCUCGCCAAGGCGCUGCGCCGUCCCAAGCACUACGCGCGCUCGCCCUUCUCGCCCAUCAACCUGCAGCAGGUCAAGCACGAGUGUGAGUACGCGCCUCGCUCCCGCGCUCGGGCGGUUCAGAACUCUUCGGUAUUUUCACCCAAUCGUUCGAUUCGGAUACGAUAUUGUUAUCCAACGGCGUGUACGGAGUUCCGGCCGCUUUCUAUAUUCAAUCUCAAUCCAUCAUUUGCUAUCUAAGCUUGAAUAAUCAAUCCAAAUCCUAUUUUUACUAUUUCAAUAACCGAUCGAUGGAUCGUUAUUCCGAUCUUUUGUUUCAAUCCAUCUGUGGGAUUGCGUCUGUGGCUUUUUAGAUUGACAUUUGUAUGGUAGUGACACUUGUGC